CGGGGAUUUCUCCGUCAGUCGGCGACAGGCACUGCAUUGCGCUGGUAUUGCUCAUCUCUAUACAAUUUUACGAUUUCUAAUUGUCAUCCAGUAAAUAUUGUGGAUCUAGUGUUUCGUUGUGUUGUGCGUUUGGAUUUCGAUUCGUGUUUUCUUCUUUACGCGUUAUAUUAACGCCGGUUUUUGUAAAACAGAUAUUACAAACGCUUAAUUACAUAAGUAAAGCUGGAUUACUCAUAGCAUCUCAUACGAAGAUUGCAAUCAUGGAGAGAACUAGAAGUUAUUCGAGUGGAUUUUGGGUUUGGCUACUGGUAACGACCUUGGCUGCUCCCGUCCUUAGUGAGGCUGGGGUUGGUCUAUUUAACGCUAGACUAAAACAAAUCGUCACCUCCAGCACGCUUAAAUGGGCCAACUUGAAGAAUGAAGCCAUGGAAAAUUAUGUUAUCGGGGCAAUUACAGAAUCAGGUGAGCCCAUAUACCUCUGCAGAACAAGACAUGAAGGCGACAUGUUGAUUGGGCAGUUAAGACCCGACUACAACUCCUGCGCAGUUUCGGGGACCAAAAGCUACACCAUAUUCGAAGUCAUGGAGAACAUUGAAAACGCCUCGUUAAUUAUAUGGACGCCUUGGUACAAAUUUAACUCAAAACCAAGCGGCGCUGUUGCAGUGGAUUCUUCACUCGAUACCACUUUUGUUGGAAGAAUUAAGGCAAACAUUGGUUAUUCACACAAUAUCGGAAGAAUUAACUACGAAAGCACAGUUGGCGAACUUAUAUCAUUUGAUGAAGAAAAUAACGAAUUGGUGGAAAACAAUGGUGAAAUUCUAAUCGAAGUGGAACCGGUUAGUUACAAAUUGGAUAACGUGGAACUCGACUUACAUACACAACAUGUACGACAGUCGGACCCACAAGUCUUUGAAGAAAGACUAUUGAGAAAUGAUGACGACGUCGCUGCAACAGUAACAACGGAAAUAGAAUAUAAAUUCAACUACACAUUAUCCUGGGGUCACGGGCACGGAAUAGCAAUCGGGCUCAACACGACAAUAGAAAUGAGCGACGGCACUCAAUUUCCACAAAUUGAAUGGGCCAACCCCUACAAAGAGGAGAAGAAAGAGCUGUACACGCUUCAGAUAUUCUUGGAACCUGGCACAGCUUGCAACGUUAGCUUCAGGGGUAACACUACGGAUCGUGAUGUUCAAUAUACCGCUAAACUCACAACAUACUAUAAAGACAAUAACGCUCGAUCUAGACACAUUCGUGGUGAGCGGAUUGAAAACACCGUGGAGGUUGAGGCUGUUUAUGGCGAAAUUUACUACACGUCUAACAACACAUUGGUGCCAACAACAACUACAACAACUACCACCACUACAACAACAACGACGACGACAACAGUACUACCACCUCUCCCACCGUCGGUGGAAAAGAACGACAUCGGCAUGAUCAUGGACAGCAACAGUAUUUUAGAAGACAGCGGCGAAGAUAUGGUAAAAGGGCCACCAGAAAAAGAAGACAUCAACAGAUCCGUCGUUGGAGGUUUAGGAAGCCAUCCAAACUCUGGUUUCAAGAUAAGGAUCACUUCUAUUGCACUGCUAAUUCCAUUCGCGUUGUUACUUUAAGUUUCAAUUAGCUUGUACAUAAAAUCGAUAUAUCAAAUAUUCCCAACUAUACCUUAAAUUAAAGUAUUAUAAAAGUACCUUAUGAUAUCGUCUUUAGGUCGCGAGGCCAACUAUUGAGAAAACCGUGUACAUAGAUUAUUCGCUUGAGAUUAUACAUUCCUGGUAAAUGAUUAUAUCCAUUCCAAUGUUACAAAGAGCCAAACACGUAUGUAUGUAAAUAGAUUAUGUAAAUAGUUAAAUGUUUAGUCGCAGAGCGACCUUAACACUCGUUAUAUUGCUCGCGGUGUCCGAACAUAAAGGCCGAUUUACAUUAUCUUAGUGUUUAGGAGAGUGCUUUAGGAUAGUACUUUAGUUGAAACAUGUAAACGCUACUUGCUUUAGUAAACGCUACGCUAAAGAACUUGCCUUUCAAGUUGUACUAAAGCACUCUCCUAAACACAAAGAUAAUGUAAAUCGGCCUUAAGAUCUAUGACAAAAAAAUUGUUGCACCAUUAUGGUUUUAUGUUUAGAUAAUUAUUUAUUUACGUUAAAUUAUUAUUAAAAUGUGUGUUUUGACUUUUAGAGUAGCUACAAAAACUGGACUUCAAUAGCUUGUCUUUUCCGAAAUGGCAACUUUUGUUUUUUUCGGUUCUGAACACAAAACUUGUUAUUAAAUUCACCGAUAUAAUAGUUUAGGUUAAUUUUUAUUCAACUAAAAGUUUAUUAGAUUUUAAGGAUUAUGUAUUUAAUUUAUUUAUCAUUUGAUUACGCAAUUAAAUAGUGAUAUAUUUAAAUGGGUUUAUGAUAUGAAAUACUUUGGAUUUUUUUUUUAGGAAUCGUGACCAUUAGCAUGAUUGUAUUGAAUCAUCAUUGAUUUAUUUCAUGUUUUAUUUCAAUCAUUUCUAUAUAAUAAAAAACCAAAGUCAAACCAUCCAAUAGAUAUCACUAGCUUCUUAGAUCAAAUAUAUCAAAAAUAUAUCCUAUACCUAUAUAAAAACAAUCUGUAUUAUAACGAUAUACCUAAUAUAAUGCUUAGCUAUUUCUUUUGUAUGUGUAAAGAAAAUGAAUGAUAUUUUUGUAUGAGGAAAUAGAUUAAGUCAUCUCAUUUCAUAUGUAUAUUGUUUUAAAUAGCUAUUUUCAGUAUUUUGCCGCAUCUUUCAUAGUUAUUAGGAUCAGAAUCUCACUUUAUUGUAGUAAUCAUUAUCCCACCUAGAGUAAUACGCCCUAAGUUUAGAGUUAAUUUGUAUGCGUAUUUGAUGCGAAAGUGUGUUCCAAGUUCAAAUUUUGCUUAGCCCUAGAAUUACCAUAAUAUGUACGCACUGACCGGGUAGGUUGAUUUUAUCGAACCACUCGUAGGAUGCCCCAUAAUGAUAUAACCAUCAACAUUUUCGAGGGUCAAGACAUUUUGUGCCAACAAUUGACAGAUGACAAUGAAUUCAUAUCGGAUAGCGCAGUACAACACCUACGAAUACUAAGCAAGCUACCGUCCAGUGCGUACCCUCAUUUUUGUCUCGUCGGUGUAAAUUACGUAUUGCCUUUAUUAGAAGUACUAUGCUUGAAAUUUUAGAUAGAAGCUGUUUCAUAACUUUAAGAUAUUUGUUAAUACUUUAUAAGUAGAUAUAUGAAUCUCAUGACAUCAAUUAUUGUUUCGCGAAGCAUAUGUGAUGUUCCAUGUAAGUUUUGUUUUAACCAUUAAAGUGUAAUUAAUAUG